CAAAACGUUCGACGAAGUCGCGGAAUUCGGAUCGGAUCGGGGAAAGAAAUAAAAACAAGCUGAAAUCGUAUACUUAAUACGCGUGUGUGUAGCUCAAAAACAUGAAAAAAAUAUAAAUAAACAAAACUACAUUGCUACGUCAGAAGACUACAAACAAAAGAUAUGAACGCAGUGCUGACGUCGCCGCCAGGGUUUGAAUCAGAUAUUAUAUUUUUCAGUCAAUUUUUGUGUUGUUUUUUGAUAACUUUACAACUUUACAACUGUUGUGUUAUUUUCUUGAUUUUUUUUUGUGUGUGAUUUUUGUGCCUAGUGAUUUGCGUGCACUUCAAGGGGAGGAGAACUGCAUUCGAGGCCCUCACUUUACAAUCUUUCCGAUCAGCAGUGCCUUGAGAUUGCCGCUCGCAAAGUGAACGUUCCGAUGUGAAAGCUUCGUACACAUGUCUAAUUACACAAGCUAAUCCCAGCCAGACUAAAUCAGAUCUAAAUCGGCAUCGUAAGAAAUUGGAAAAUUUAAUGCUAUCAGUUGGAACGGAAGGAGGAAGUAGUUAAAUAUUGGAUUGAUACUAUGGGUUCGCGACGAACGGGCUUCGUCCUGGACGCCAAGUCCAUGGGCUUGAAUCCCUCGAGACCGCCAUCACCCUCGCCUUCGGCAACGCCGAAAAACCAGGACUCGUUGCAAAGUAAACAAAUGGACCAGGAUAGUACCUCCAAAUUGGAUAUCCAGUCGAGGGAAAGGUCAACCGUAGAAGGCUCUUCCCAUGCCCAAUGCAAUGCAAGUACGGAAUCCGUGUCCACCGAUUAUUACCGUUCUCUGCUCCAAAAGCUACGUGAUGCCACCGGCGACGUUGGCAAGGUUAACUUUGAGCUGAAUAACAUAUUUCUUAACCGGCUGGCCGAGAUUGACUGCCUGGAUGGGCAGGGAGGCGAUGCAAUGUACACCUCCCAGCUCCGACUGGUUACUUUCCAGGAGUGGGUUGACUUCCUACUUCACGUAAACAACGUGGUACUGGGCAACAUGUCUGAUUUGGAGAGUGAGGCCUACGGCAAGAUUGUGACGUGCCUUCAGUCGGUUCAAGGAGAGCAGCAACAGACAUUAGAGGAGAACCAUAAGCUGCAAAAGGACAUCAGUGCGAUCAUGAAAUUCGUGCGAACUGCCUACUACCAUCACGAAUGGGACACUAACGACAUUACCCUAGAGACUAUGACCGUGAACGAAUUGUUGGGUCUCGGAAAGGAUCAGAUCCGGCCGGAAAGUGAGAGUGAGAAGAUGGGCGAGUGCAUGAAGUCCUUGGUUAACGAGAUUGCCGAAAAGCACGACGAGAUCAGUCUCUUGAAGUCGCAGAUCAGCGACUUGGAUGAAAUUGUUAUUACGGCCAGACAGAAGUUGCUUCUCAAGGAUCAGUGCAUAGCUCAGCUCAAUCAACAGCUGCAAGAGAUCACCGAGUGCAUGGUCACAAUGUCAGACACACACGGGUCAUCCAAUGGACCCUCUGUAAACGCCACUGAUUUGGUACGGGAUGUGGUGGAUUCUCCCAGCGAUACGGUGACCGCCGAUACGAUCACUUGCGAGAUGCUGGAGAAUCUGUCAAUGCAGGACAACCAGGAGAGCGAGAUGCUGCGAUUGUUAAACUCUGAACUCAAUGAACUCUUUGAUUUGCGUAACAAACAGGAUUUCCAGGCCAUGGAGUGUCGACGUAAACGUCUGUCCUGCUUCUUCAAAAAGCUGACAUCCGAACGAGAUGAUACCAUAAAAAAAUUGGAGAACAUUCGUUUUCAUCUGAGUAUCCUUCAGUCGGACAUAGACCAUUCCUGCAUAAGCUCGAUUAAUCCGGGAACGGGCCCCGGUGAUCCUGACGCCCAGGUGAUAGAAAUUCUACGAAAUCGUAUGCGAUCCCUUGGGCAAAGUAACCGGGAGUUGCACGGGAAGUACCAGCGCCUGGAUACCGAGUCAAAAAUAAAAAUUUCAGAACUGCAGGCUAGGAUUGAAUCUGAAAGCAGCUUUAACCAGAGGAAUAUCGAUAUUCUUAAAGAGAUUGCCGAACUGAUUUCCAAAAUGGGCUGCAUGGACUUCUCUUAUAAUGAAAUCUAUGACGAAUCUUCAACGGAAAACCCCUUCUGUACAGCCAUCACGAAAUUGUGUCAGCAGAUAUCCAAGAAAGAACAAAAACAAGUGUCAUGUAAUGAACAUCUUACCUGCCAAAUUCAAGGACUGCAGGACAAUCUCAAGGAUCGAGAUAAACAGAUUGAUCAGCUGCAGUCCAUGAUCAAGAGCUAUUCCGAUUUCAGCGAAAACAAUCAGCUAAAAGGGGAAAUAUACGAACUUAAACAAAAGAAUUGUGAUCUAUCCCGGCACACGCGAGAACUCUCGGGCCUGCUGAGAAGCCAAGAGGACCAGCGAGUGCAGUUGUGCACCAAGUACGAGAAUCUCAUGUCCAGCUUUGAGGAUCAGUGCCAGGAGCUGCAAAUAGCCAAGAAAAAAGUGCAGACCCUGCAGACGCGACUAGAGCAAGUGGAACAGCUGCAGGAUGAGCUGAGAACGGAACGAAAAAUGCUGCGGGAGGAGGUGAUCGCCCUGAAGGAGAAGGAAGCCGUUUCAGCAGGUCGGGUACGUGCACUCCAAGAACAACAGAAGAACGGACAACUAGAAGUGGAAAAGGUGCGUCAGCAUGUUCGCGAUUUGCAGGCCCAAAUACAACUGGAAGACUCACAACAUCACGACUGUAAACAGAGGAUGGAGAAGGCGGCAGAGUCCAUGAAGGAGAACUUCCGUGUCCUUUCCGACAAGUGUGAGCAGCUGCAGGAGAGUCUGAAGCAGCAGACCGAGGUCAAGCAACAGCAGGAGCAGAUCAUCGCCUCCUUUCGAAAAUGGAAGGAUGCCCAGGUCAGAGCCGACGAUGCAAUGAGCCAAUGCGCCAAGCAAAAUGAGGAACACAUCCACAUGCUUCUGGAUGAGAACCGAUCACUUGCCGAGGAUUAUCGCAAUCUCUACCGGGACCAUUCGCUCUUGGAGACGGAGAUGCUCCGUGUUAGGCAGGCGGUCAACUAUGCGUCAACCUCAUCUAUGGGAUGUCCACCUCAGACCAGUAACGGACGGAUGAAUCCCGAGGCCGAAAACGAUAUGGACAGGCGAGUGCAAAACUUGGCCAGCACAUCCCAGCGCAUUUCGAACCAGAACAGGACUCUCAACGACCGGUACUGCAUACCAAUGACUUCUCGAAGACCAGAUGGAAUUGGUCACCCUGCGGCCCAAUCCACAAUGCGGUCCACACGACCCUUGAACAAUCUGCCAUUUGAGUAACCAGGAAUUCCGAUGCAUCCCAGGACUGUCAUAUGCCCUCCGUCCAUUUCAACUUUGUUCACACCAAAAUCCCUUGGCCAACAUUUUCGAGGCGCGUAAUUUGUAAAUUAUCUUUGUAAAUUAUGGUAGAAAAUAAAACCUAGUGCUUGUGUA